GGAAACAACAGAUGUUGGACAGGAUGUGGAGAAAGGGGAAUGCUCUUACAUUGUUGGUAGGAAUGCAGACGGGUACAGCUACACUGCAAAACAGUGUGGACAUUUCUCAGAAAGUUAAAGAUAGAACUACCCAGUGCGUCACAGCAGCUCCGGCAGUGGGAGGAGCAGAUGUGGACAGGCAGCCCAGCUUCGGGAAGGCUCUCGGAGUCCAGCAGCCUGCAGGCACCCAGCAUGCACUCGCCCCACCCCCACGAUGCCCAAAAGGAAGGUCAGCUCCACCAAGGGGGUGGAGAAGAAGGAGCCCAAUGGAAGGGCAGUGAGGUUGUCAGCUAAAUCUGCUCCUGCAAAAUUGGAAAUGAAAUCCAAAAAGGCGACAGGAAAGGAUACAUCUUCAGACAAGAAAGUGCAAACAAAGGGGGAAGGCAAAGCAAAGAGAAAACAGGCUGAAGUGGCUAACCAAGAGACAAAAGAAGCCUUACCCGCAGAAAAUGGAGAAACUAAAAAUGAGGAGAGCCCAGCCUCUGAUGAAGCAGGAGAGAAGGAAGCCAAAUCUGAUUAA